AUGGGAGAGGGCAUGUCCAAACGAUUGAAGGUGCAAUUGGGAAGUGAAGCGGAGAUGGAGGAAAGGGCGUUCAACAACCCAUAUCCAGAUUAUCAGCCUUAUGGAAGCACCGCCUCGGCCAGCACUACUUUGCCUACCCCCAGCGACUCGGAAGACAAUCGAUGCAGUUCGGCUUCGCCCCAAAGAGACGACUCCCUCCCCUUCGAAAGCGACGGGCAGCCUUAUUUUUUGCAGAUCAGCUCAUAUUUUAAUAAGAAAAUUACAACUAAAAUUAAAGACUUAUUGCAGCAAAUGGAAGAAGGAUUAAAAACAGCAGAUCCUCAUGAUUGCUCUGCAUAUACUGGCUGGACAGGCAUAGCCCUCUUGUAUCUUCAGCUAUAUCGUGUGACAAAGGAGCCGACUCACCUACAGAGAUCCCUGGAUUAUGUGAAGAGAAUCCUACGUAAUCUGAAUGGAAGAAGAGUUACUUUUCUUUGUGGUGAUGCUGGACCUCUAGCAGUGGGAGCAGUUGUGUAUCACAAGAUGAAAAAUGAUAGUGAAUCCAAGGAAUGUGUGGCCAAACUUUUGCAGCUCCAGAGAAUAGUCCUUGCUUCAGAGUCUGAUCUUCCAGAUGAAUUGCUUUAUGGAAGAUCUGGUUACCUGUAUGCUUUGCUUUAUCUGAAUACUGAAAUUGGUCCUGAGACAGUGCCACAGUCGGUAAUCAAAGAGGUUGUAGAAUCCAUCAUUCAGUCGGGGAAAAACUUUUCCAGAGAAGAACGAAAGACUGAACGGUGCCCGUUGCUGUACCAGUGGCACCGGAAACAGUAUGUGGGGGCAGCCCAUGGUGUGGCUGGGAUUUACUAUAUGCUUAUGCAGCCAGCAGCUAAUGUUGACCAGGAGAUAUUGAUGGAACUUUUGAAACCAAGCAUUGACUAUGUGCGGCAUAAAAAAUUCCGAUCUGGGAAUUAUCCCUCAUCCUUAAGCAAUGAAACAGACAGGCUGGUGCAUUGGUGUCAUGGGGCACCUGGAGUCAUCCAUAUGCUCAUGCAAGCCUAUAAGGUUUUCAAGGAAGAUAAAUAUUUGAAGGAUGCUAUGGAAUGUAGUGAUGUCAUUUGGCAAAGGGGGUUAUUGAGGAAAGGAUACGGAAUCUGUCAUGGGACUGCUGGAAAUGGCUACUCUUUCCUGUCCCUCUAUCACCUUACUCAAGAUAAAAAGUAUCUUUACCGAGCUUGCAAGUUUGCUGAAUGGUGUCUAGAUUAUGGUGCACACGGAUGCCGUAUUCCUGACCGACCCUACUCAUUGUUUGAAGGUAUGGCAGGAGCUAUCCACUUCCUUUCUGACAUCUUGGUUCCAGAAAAGUCUCACUUCCCAGCAUUUGAACUUAGUCCCCAAAUGAAAGAAAACAAAGAGAAGCACAGCAGCUAAAUGGGAGUUGAAGGUGGUGCCAGAGGCAACACGACUGCCGAGUGCCUAAACUAUAUUGAACCAGUGUUGGAGUCCAAACAGCAAGAUCCAAGAAAACUUUCUUGGCUGUCCUUCAAAGGAUUGUGUUUGUCAUUAGCACAUAAAUGAGAGAAUUCCAUAUCUUGAUGUUUCCUUAUAAGAGAUACCUUUAACAGUGGCAAAGAACAAAUUUCAGUUUGUUGGGAUGUUUCUUGUUUGGCUUUCACAGUUGUCUCUUCAGGUCUUUUAAGUGUUUGCAUGUUCUUGGUGUUGUCUGUGAUUUUUCUCCUUGUCUGUGCAUGACUGUACUAACAACACAGUUUUUUCUGCAGCUGAAAAAUACAUUAUCACAAUAGGACCAGUCUGUUGGAUAUAAUAAAUGAGAGAAGCAGGAAAGGCCAGAUACUCAAGUUACAGAACCCUUUCUCCAGGAAACAAGUUCGGAGUUCUAAACCAUUUUGUUUGCUCCCGCAACUGUACAGCAAUUUUAAAAUCCCAUGUGCUUAAAUUGCCAACCUCAUUCUAUAGAAUCUAGAAAUACUCAGUUUCUAGAUGUAUUAUGCCCAACAUUUUUACAGUUAUUGUUUCCUUCCAUAGGGAAUAUUUUUAUGAUUUAUUUCAUCCAAAGUGCAACACUGACAUCCUAUAUUUGUUUCUCUGGAAUCACUAAAAUCUGUGGAUCCAGAUUAUGGCUGCUGUUUAAGUGCACUGCACUUAAAUCGGAUAACAUAACUUCCCCAUUUUAUUAUAUUUGUAUGCUGCACCCAACAAUUCUGGGCUAUGUGGAAAUUUUUCUUUAAAAUCUGUUCAGUUCACACUUUUCUAUUUGAAACAGACUUAUUGCCGAGGGAUAACACAUGCUGGAUAACUUCUUUGUCCUGUUGGAUCUAGAUUAUAAAUCUUAGUUUAUGGGGAAAAAACUUACCCCUUUGAUAGUAUUGCAUAUCUGUAUUUGAUUAUUGUGUUUGGCAGACAACCAAACAAACCAAAGAAAAUAAAAUGACUUAUUCUCAUUUGGUUUCUCACUAAUCUGUUCUGAUUAAGAAGGCAAUGAUAUAAAUAUAAAAAUACAUCCAUUGUCAAAAAAAACAUAGAAACUGUCAUUUUUGUCAUUUCAUUUUUUGAAACUUCAUUUUCUUUGCAUUCCUCCAUUCAAGAACUACAUAACUGAGUAGAUCAUUUAAAAUGAACUUUCUCAAUAAAUAAAGGGUUACUCUUCAUAUUAUUUCAAAUCUUCUAAAUGAAUCUGAAUAAGCAAGAUUUGUAUACCAUUUGGAGGGAGAAGGCUACUGUUAAAACUAAUCCAAAACUUACCAGUCACUGAAAGAUAAGCUCCACUCUUAGAACGAAUAUUUAAAAGCCGUACCUGAUUUUUGUGAUGGCCAUUCUAUUAUUUAUAAGUCUAACAUGGAGGGGUAAUUUCACAGUAACAUUUUUUGAAGGAGAGAUGGUGGGCCUGGGAAGGGAAAAUUGCUUGCCAAAUA